UUUUGGUAACAGAAAGUACCUUUUUUCUGCAACCCAUUAUGGUAUGAGAUAAACAUAAAUAUGUGUUCACCAAGGAUUACUUUCAACAUUAAGAACAACCAUGAAAUACAUCUUUGUUAUUUUCCUACUCUUUUCUCUUCUCUUUGUUGGUAACUUGAGCUUUGCUAGAAAAGAUAUGGGUGAAUAUUGGAAGAAUAUGAUGAAGGAUGAAGCUAUGCCAGAAGCAAUUAAAGGACUUAUUCAUGAUCAUCAAGCAACGUAUGAAGAGAAGGAUCGUUUUGUUAGAGACUUCGAUGUAAAACCUAAUCUCAUAUUAUAUCACACACAUGUUACGUCCAUGAAGCAGAACCACGAGGAUACUACUGAUAUGGUUGGUGUAGGUAGUUGAACACAUUAUCAGAAUGGGUUGAAGCUCCUAUACAUAUACAUCUAUACACAAAUAUGGCACGUAGAUGUCAUGAUUGAAUAGUAAUAAUAUAGUAUUUUGAAUGCUAAUUUUAAGAUACUAUAUAAAAAAAAAAUUAUUUCGUGAUUAUUAAGAAUAAAUUAUUAUUUAUAUGUAAUUGUACCAUUUGUUUCUAAUAAUAUAUCAUAAUUGUACUA